AUGAAGUUCACUAUACUCGCACUUUUCUUUGUACUUCUCAUCCAUUGCAACAGUGCACCUAUAAAAAGAGCUCCACUCUGUUCAAAAGCAACAUGGAAUUCCAAACCACUCACAGUCAUCCCGUUUGAUUCCAAUCCUCAACAGCAAUUAAAUGACCCUAUUGACAUCACAUUCGAUAGCGAAGGUAGCUUCAUUGUCACUGAUGUUGGCACGCAAAGUUUACGUAAAUUCUACGAAGAUGGUCGUGUUACAACACUCUACACCAACAAAGAUGUAAUCCCCAUCAGUGUCUUUGUCGAUCAGUUUGAUGAUGAUGCUAUCUAUUUCUCAGAUCAUCAAGAUAAUACAGUAAAAAAAUUGUCAAAAGAUGGAAAAAUAAUGAAAAUCGUAGCUGAUCAUCAAUUCCUAGAAUCACCGAUGGGUAUUUAUGUUGACCGUAAAGGAAAUUUGUAUGUUGGUGACAUGGGAAAGAAUCGUAUUGUAAAAUAUUUGGCUAAUAAUCAAGGAAUUCAAAUAAUUGGUCAAGGUGAGAUAGAAGCGCCUUCAGGUAUCUUCGUUGAUGAAGAUGGUGAUGGCGCAGUGUAUAUAAGUGAUACAGAUGGUAACCGUAUAUUGAAGUAUCUUUCGGGUUCAACAACAGGAGGUGUGACAGUCGCUGGUGGACAGGGCGAGGGAAAUGGUUUAAAUCAAUUAUCUGGACCCUUUCAAGUACUAGUUGAUUCAACAACAGGUAUGCUAUUCAUAAGUGAUAUGAUUAACAAACGUAUUGUGAAAUGGGCCAAAGGUGCAAAACAAGGUGAAGUACUGAGUGGUACCACAUCUCUUCAAUGGGCUGCUGGAAUGAAAUUUGAUUAUGCAUGGAAUUUAUUUGUAGUUGAACAGAAGCAACGUCCAUGGUCAGAAUGGAGUCGUGGCAAUGGUUCAUGCAUACAACAUACAGGACAUGAUAUCGAACAAGUACAAUUGUUAUACAUAUAUUCAAAGUUGAUUUUAUUAUUUGACGAUAUGGAUGAUGAAACUACAAUACAUGGACCAGAAGAAAGUCACAAACUAAUUGUUGAUUCGACCUUUGUUGCAAUUUAUCAACCUGAAGAUUCUGAACAAUUUCAUGUAUCUAAAUGCUAUCCGGGUAGUGUACAUGAUAUUACUAUUUUAAGAGAAUCAGGAUUAUUAGAACAUACAAAAGAACAUGUACAAAUUAUUGCCGGUACAGGAUAUAUUGGUGAACAAUAUGUUAUUACUCCAAAAAAGAAAUCUCGUGGUGGUGAAUUAACAGCCGAAGAUAAAGAUUUCAAUCGAUCUAUUUCCAGUGCAAGAGUAGCUAUUGAAAACAUUAAUCAACGUAUUAAAACUUAUACUAUUUUACGAAGUACUUACAAAGGAACUUACGAUGAUUUAGAUAAGAUUAUUAAAAUUUCACGUGUGGUUGCAGCUUUAUGUAAUCUUAAGUUGAGUAAAAAUCCUAUUCGUAAAUCUAGAAUAUGA